AUGUGCAGCCGCGAGAAGGACGUACCUGCGCCUGCUAGCGACGCGAAGGGUGUGGCAGAUCGCCGUUCGGCCGCGUUUGCGCUGUCGACGGCCCCAUCUGGCCCCCCACCUAUGACGACCACUGCUACGGCUAUGGAUUUGACGGACACUGCUACGGAAACGUUGAAGACUGCGCUGUCUGCUCCGCUGCCAGAUUCUGACGAUGAGUGCACUGCCGCCCCUCGGCCACGCGGACGCAGCGGGAAACAGAAGAGGAGGGCACCAGCUGCGACGGCUGCUGCUCGCAGCUCGCCGAUUGAGAAGAGGGCCAAGCAAGACUUCGCCCCUGACGCUGACGGUUUCGUCCCGGCCCGGCGCACUGCAAGACGCAUGCUGUCAUCGACGACGCCACCAACUGUCGUCGCCAACUCCUUCGAUGCGCUCGAGGACGCGCCGGACCCGCCGCCGAGCAAUCCUGCGCCGAAGACAGACUCCCAUCUUCCGCCGGUGGUUCUUCAGUUUCGGCCGCCCUAUGGAGAACUGCAGAAGCUGUUGCGCAGCUGGACGACGGCCGUGUACACCGUGAAGCCUGCGGGGCGAGACCUAUACAGGGUCACACUCCGCACUGCUGAUGACUAUCGCCGGGUCACCCAGGAGGCGUCUGAGCGUGGUAUCCCUUUCUAUACCCACGCCUCCGCACCUGACAAGGUCCUGAAGAUCGUAUUUCGCGACCUUCCUUUCAACAUGGAAGCCGAUCACCUGCAUCGAGAACUCGCAGACCUGGGCUUCUACAUACGGGCAGUUGUGAAGAUGAAGUCGCCAAAAUCACGCGAAGAUAUGCCGCUCUUCCUGGUCGUCUGCUCUGACACCGUGGAGAACCGCAAACUCUACCAAUUGACGCGGGUCGCCGACGUUCCGGUCCAGACCGAAGAUCUUCGUUCCCGGAGAGGAAGUGCGUGCCCCCGUCCGCCCUCCGAGAAGCCUACAUGUGCACUCUGUGGCGGUGCUCAUGUGGCCAGUUAUCGUGGGUGUGAGGUAUGGAAGCGUGCCAUUGCUCGCCAGCGUGGCCAAACACCAGCGCCACAUCAGAAGAAGCUCGCAACGAGACGGCCAGGCGUCUCUUUCGCGGCGGCAACGUCAGGGACGCCCUCCGCCGCCCCGGCUACGUCGGUUCCUGCUCCCGCCGCAUCCGAGGCCGUACCGACACCGGAGGCUCCUGCGCCUCCACCACCGCCGCCAGUGGCGGUACCGGGUACUGCCUCUCCCGGGCCGUCGGCCGGACCGCGCCCCACCAACCGCCGGCGCGGGGGUCACCGCCCAGUGGGUACCCAACGCUCAGCACCGUCCGUCGAGCAGCCCCAGGUGGACUCUCACAGCGAAGCAGCCACGCCCCCCCUUUCCUGCGCCGGGGCCGCGCCGGCUGUCUCCACCGCUGACCUGGCCAACCUCGUCGCGCAGCUCACAGCCCUGGUGACCAGUGCUACGAAGUUGAUUGAAGUCCUGUCGCAGCAACUCACCGCUGCAGUGCCGAUGGCCUCUCCGGCCCCAACCGCUGCCAACACUCAACAGCCGCACCAUGGCCAGCGUUAG